GCCAUAUUGGGUAAAUAAUUAUGGUGAUACUAUCAUGAAACCGGUGCAUAAAGGUUUGUUGGCGAAUUGUGAGAAGGACAUGUGUACUUGGUUCUUUAAUGGGAGGACUAGCAGAGAGUUCCCAGCAUGGUUCAAUGCGACGCAGGGUUUGAUGUCCGUGGGGCUGGUCCUAGGCCUCCUGGCUCUGCUGGUGGCCACAAUAUCUCUGUGUUGCACGUGCCACAGAUGUAACUCUCAUCAACCCAUCUGUGGAUUUCUCAUUGUCGCAUCUGUGGCUAUAGCGGUAGGCAUCGUGAUAUUCGGGAUCAAGGCGAAGCAGGAUUGGGGCAUAGACUUACAGGUGGAAAAAAUGUCUAGAGGCCGGUUUGGAUGGUCAUUUUGGACAGCCAUAGGGGCUGCGGCAAGCGCCCUGCUGACUUCUACCAUAUACUGUUUUAUGAAAAGAAAGAGCCAAUAAAUGGAGCAUUGCGUGAGAUGAAAGUGAAAUGGAUGUUCCUGCAUUGUACUAGUCCUAGCUUUAUAGACUUUUACUUUCACACGGCUACUGUCGAGUGUAAGAUUGAUGGUGUUGAAAACUCAACACGUUCGUGUCCAAAUUCAGUACACGCUGUUUUAGUAUACAUUUUGUACAAUAAAUUUUGUCGAAUAUUUUUUUACAAAAAUAUAAUUUUAAUACAGACAUUAUUCACUACUAGAUGAAUUUAUGAAAGAUACUUCUUAAACAACUGUUUACCACACUGGGUGGGAAGAUUUGGCGCACCGCAACUCAUUCUGAAAACCACUUUCGCGUGUGUACGAUUGUUUAAGAUGUUAUGUCGUGGUUAUAAAUAGCGACUAAUGAGCUUGUCGAAAGCUAUUAAAGCAAUAAUAUUCACAGCUAUUUUGAAUACUUAAUGCCACAAUUACCUUGUUGAUUUCCCUCUCAUUUAUGAAUC